AUGUCUGUUAGAUGCAAGUGCGGAAAAGCAUGUUGCAAAUGUGCUGACACAUGUCCUGAGGGUUCUAUAUGUAUGAAUGAAGGUGACACAUGUAAAGGAAUGAAAGAUACAAACGGAUGCUGCGGCAACAUGUUUUGUUGUACACCUACUUCGACAGCAACACCGGCACCGACAGACGCAGCAACACCAGCACCGACAGACGCAGCAACACCGGCACCGACAGACGCAGCAACACCGGCACCGACAGACGCAGCAACACCAGCACCGACAGACGCAGUAACACCGGCACCGACAGACGCAGCAACACCGGUACCAUGUGUAGACAAAUGUCAAGGUGACUGUUUGAACGAUUGUUCUGGUCCUUUUGGUCAAAUUCAAGGAGACUGCUGUGGGACAACGAUUACUCUGAAUCUUGAAGCCGUUAGAAGAAUGCUUUUUGAGAAAAUGUCUACAGUUAUUAACCAGUUAUUAAUAAAAAUUGUAUGA